AUGAAUUGGCCUAUGUAUAGCCACUGCCCUUUUACAAAAUUUAACAUCAAAGCAUUGUUGCAGCUUUAUGAACUCCUUCUAUAUGGAAUCUAUGAAGCUGUUGAUGGAGAGAAGGAUCCUCAUUGCUUGUUGCUAGCAUUUGACAUCAUUCGUGCACUGAUUCAACUAUUUCCAGAUCCUAAUGGGCCGCUAGAAAAUUUUUCUGGAGAGCUUUUUGAAACUUUGAGCAGUUACUUUCCCAUUCAUUUUACUCAUCCAAAAGGAGAGGACACUGAUGUCAAAAGAGAUGAUCUUGCAAGGGCUCUAAUGGUAGCUUUCUCAUCAACACCUCUUCUUGAGCCAUAUGUCAUUCCCUUGCUUCUUGAAAAUCUCUCUUCUUCUCUGCCAUCAUCAAAGGUUGAUUCUUUAAAGUAUCUGAGCUAUUGCUCAUUGAAGUAUGGAGUAGACAGGAUGGCCAAACAUGCUGGAGCUAGUUGGAGUUCAAUUAAAAGUGAAAUGAGUACUUCAGUAAGAGAGCCUACUGAAGGUGUUACAUCAGAAUCAAUAAAUGGUCUUGGGGUUCAGGAAAAUGAAAUUGCAGCAGAAUCUUUAGUGGAUAUUUACUUUAGAGUAAAGAGCUUGCAGAUUUUGGCUACAUUUCCCGAUAUUGUUGUUGAAAAAAUUGUUUCAUCACUGUCUAGUGAUAAAUUUACCCUGCCUUUUCCACUCAAAUUGGAAGUGGUAUCUGAACUAGGUGCAAGUGGACAUAAUCAUAUGCUGAUGAUUGUUCAAGAGUUGGAAGGGGCUAUAUUUGCUAACCUUUAUGAUUUUUUAGUCCAUGGGAAUAAAAAGUCUGCUGAAUUAGCAAUUCAACUUCUGCAAUGCUAUUCUGAAAAGGUUAUUCCGUGGUAUAUUGAGAUGAUUUUUUUUGAGCAAUUCUUGACAAUAUUUGUAGUUAAGGCCUUUAGAAUGGAAGAAUGUAUUUCACUAAUUUUUGUAUACAUUUCUUGUUUUGUAUUUAGUGAUAAAGGUGUUGUAAUAUGAUUUCUUAAGCCUGGACUAGUAGACUAAAUAUUGUAAUUACAUUUGAGUAAUUAAUAAAAAUCUAUUUAUGUUA